AUGGUGACCAGCUCUAUGGAAACACACAAUAGAUUUGGAUUACUUACCAUUUCUUUGGUCCUUUUUCUGACUCUCACCAAAAGUUUAAGCUCAACUGCAUUUGAUGUCAGUGAAUAUGAAGGUGGGGAAAGCAUUGAUAUAGCAGAUUCUAUCUUAAGUUAUGGAAGUGAAAUGGGAGACAUGGAAGAAAAUGAAUGGCAGAUGGUGCAAACGAAAGGAAACCAAUUUGUGGUGAACGACCAACCUUUCUAUGUUAAUGGAUUCAACACGUACUGGUUGAUGGUAUUUGCUGCGGAUCAGUCCACCAGAGGAAAGGUCACUGAGGUGUUCAAACAUGCGUCCUCUGUGGGUAUGUCAGUUUGUAGGACUUGGGCCUUCAAUGAUGGCCAAUGGCGUGCUCUUCAGAAAUCUCCAUCAGUUUAUGAUGAAGUUGUGUUCAAGGCCUUGGAUUUUGUGGUGAGUGAAGCAAAGAAAUACAAAAUUAGGCUCAUCUUAUCACUGGUUAACAACUGGGAGGCUUACGGUGGCAAAGCACAGUAUGUGAAGUGGGGCAAUGCAGCUGGCCUUAACUUGACAUCUGAUGAUGACUUCUUUUCACAUCCAACUCUCAGAAGCUACUAUAAGGGUCAUGUUAAGACGGUGCUAAAUAGAGUUAAUACAUUCACAAAUAUCACUUACAAGGAAGAUCCUACCAUUUUUGCUUGGGAACUGAUGAAUGAGCCUCGAUGCACAUCAGACUCCUCAGGUGAUGUGUUACAGGAUUGGAUAAAAGAAAUGGCAUUCUAUGUGAAAAGCAUUGAUACAAAACACCUAGUGGAGAUUGGACUGGAAGGAUUUUAUGGCCCCUCGACACCUCAGAGAUAUCAGUUAAACCCAAAUGCAUAUGCUCAACAGGUCGGAACUGAUUUUAUCAGGAACCACCAGGUUCUGGGUGUUGACUUCGCUUCUGUUCACAUAUAUCCAGACUCUUGGAUUUCACAAUCAAUUGCUGAUUCCCACCUUCAAUUUAUAAAGUCUUGGAUGGAAGCGCACAUAGAGGAUGCUGAAAAGUAUCUUGGAAUGCCAGUUGUUUUUGGUGAGUUUGGUGUGUCUGCAAAAGCUCCUGGCUACAAUUCAACAUACAGAGACAACCUUAUAAACACUGUGUACAAGACAAUCCUAAACUCUACCAAGAAAGGAGGUAGUGGGGCUGGAAGCCUUGUGUGGCAGCUCUUUCCUGAUGGAACGGAUUACAUGGAUGAUGGGUAUGCAAUUGUUCUCUCAAAAUCACCUUCCACAUCAAGCAUUAUAUCCCUUCAAUCCACGAGGCUAGCCCUCUUCAACUCCUUGUGUUCUAAGAAAUGCAGUUGGGGUUGUAAGAAAAGAAAUCUGUUGGAAAAAGUACUCUAUCAUGACGAACUCUAA